ACUAACAAAAAAAGCAAGAAAGAAUACAUGCGUAGUACAGUCGAUAGAAAUUUACAGAUAAAAGUGCGAUAAUAUUUAUCGGUUUGUAUAAACAGUUAGUACAAUGGGCAAUGGAAUUAAUUUAAAACAUUUUUGAUAACAUUGAGAUUGAAUAGUCACGGCGAAAGACAUUUCAGUGCAAUAUUUACAUAGAAAAUAUAACCUACAAAAGGAAUCGAGUAACUGACAUUUGUGUUGAGGUAGGACCGGCAGUACGACUUCAUUUCGGCGACGUGCAUUUUUUAUAUAUAAAUAAUUCCAUAAUAAUCAAUUAUACGCCUAGACAAAUUAUACCAAGAUGUACGACGGUGAUAAAAAUAAAUCUAAAAGAAAUCAUCAUCCAUUGUUUAAAAAGUUAUUAGAAGCUGAUGUGCAAAUAUCAAAGCAGCUUGUACAAGUAUGCUUAAAAGUUUUACCACUUCGAUCAUUAAAAAUUCAUUACAAACUUCUAGAGGUCUCUUGCCAUGGCAUUUUGUGGCUAGGAGCAUGGCUAGCGUUUACGUGGCUUGUGAGCAAUCCCUCUUUAUACCAAAUGCAAGUUAAUAUGUUCAUAGGUCUUUUAAUUGAUAUUGUAAUAGUAGCAGUUUUAAAAGCUUUCACAAGAAGAAGACGUCCAAAUUCAAAGCAUGACUCCUUAGAUUUUGGUCCUGACAAAUACAGUUUUCCCUCUGGUCAUGCUUCAAGAGCAGCAUUUAUCACCUUCUUCUUUUUAAAUCUGUACCCUCUAAGUAUGUUUUUCUGGCCACCGAUUCUUGCAUGGAGCACUGCAGUCUGUCUAUCGAGAUUAUUAAUGGAACGUCAUCAUUUGCUUGAUAUUUUAUGCGGUGUUCUAUUAGGACUAGUUGAAGGAAUGCUGAUGGCUCUGAUGUGGUGUGAGCAAGAAACAGCAGCUAGUUUACUAUCAUACAUAACUGACGAGAAAGUAGAAGGAGCAGAAUAUCAUGUUUAAUUACCAUGUUUUAGAAUUUGUUUUAAGGAGGUAGUCUGGUCUAGAGGCAUUAAUUUUAUGUGAUUUUUGUAAGGUUGCACUAAAAAGACAAACAAUAUUUUUACUACAUUUUUUUUCUCAAGUUAUUAUUUAUUGUUUUGAGAAUAUAAAAUAUUAAUAUAAAUUAUAAAUAGAUAUAUACUUUCAAUUCUAUAAGGUGAUGAAUGGGAAAUCUUAAAAAAUUGGCACCUGACGAUACCCUUACCUGACCAUACAUGAUUUUAGUUCUUCAUAUAAUACGAAGAAGAAAAAAGUGUAUGUUAAUAAUCUAGAAUAAUGUCGGUAUCGUAUGAGCUACAGACAAGAUAAAAUAAUUGUUUUACACAAAAUAAUGACUGGUCUGAAGAAAAAUUUUAUUUUCUUCAGACCCCAUUUUAUUUUCUUCAAACACCAUUUUUUGCUAUUCGAAUUUUUUUUAAAUAGUUAAAAUCGGAAUUUAUAGAUGAUUAGAAUAGUUCAUACUAAAGAAGUAAAAGUUGAGAAAUCAUGAGUGUUAUCCUAUCGAAUAAGUCAGUUUUGAGAAAAACGCAUUUAAAGUUUCACAUAGGAAGGAAUCAGAUAAAGAUUAUGGUGGUUAAACAGCUAUAUCUAUGAAAAUAAUUUAAAUUUUGAAAAAUGUUUUUGUACGUAUAUGACUUUGAAAUAUCUAAAAUCUAAAAUGCGAAAAAUCGAUUUUUUAAAAAUUCUAGACCAGAAUACCACCUUAAAUAAAACUGAAUGAUUACAAAAUGUACAUUAUUUUUAUUUGAUAGAAGAUAAUACAAUAAAUUAGCCU